AUGCAAUCGCUGAUUAAAGGGUGGCUACAGGAAAGGGAAUAUUCGUUAAUAACGAUCAGACAACGAAGAGAACGUAGCGCGACGGAUAACGAUGAAGAAGAUCAAGCGAUCGAGCAGUGGAAACCCGCCAGAUCUAAGAAGCGAAAGGGCAAUAUAUACUUUCCCGCGGAAAAAUAUAUUGAUAAUAGCACAGUCAUGACCGACCAAUUACUCAGAGAAGAGUUAAAAGAAAAAAUAAUCUACGAAUCUGAAGUACCUGUCAAAGAGAAGGCACAACCAUUACCACCAUGUGGAGAUUUAGACGAAGAGCUAAACGUUGAAGAUUCGAGUGAGUUUAUCGAUUACUCUUCGUUUUACGAAGAUAUUGAAGAUAGAUUUUUGAAACAAAAAUCGUAUCCCUCGAAUUUUCCCAACCACAUCAAAGAUUUCGGUGGCAUUCCACUCAAUCAAGGAAUUUUCAGCACAUUGCUACCGGACAAGUAUAUGGAUGGCGAGCUAAUUAAUUCUUUCUUUAUAGCCCUCCAAGAGAUAACUGCAAGAAGCAGCUUGAACUUGCUGUCCUUUGAAUCGUAUUUCACCACCAAGUUAAUGGUCGGCGAAAAAAGUAUUGGAUUUACCAACUGGGCCAAGAAAGUUCAACCAGCAAAGUAUGACGUCUGGCUGUUGCCAGUUUUGAUUGAUCAGAAUCACUGGACAUUGCUCGUUGUAUUACUAACGCAUUAUAUAAUGAUAUAUUUCGAUUCGUGUCACCAUUUGCCACCAAAGUCUCUAAUAAACAGAAUCUGCAGUUUUAUUGGAAGUUCCCGAACGGCUCGACAAGCUAAACUGACUAACUGGAGUCAGUGGGUACUAUCGGCACCUACUGACAUGCCACACCAGAUGAAAGAAAACGGUAAUAUUGGAGGAAACUGUGGAAUGCACGUAUGCAUGUGGGCCUAUACUAUCGUUAGCAGCUCCAUUGUGCCAUUUGAAGAGGAACAUAUGAACACAGCUCGGAAAGGAGUGGCACGGUUUCUUUUGGACUUUCCUAUCAACAAGACAAUUCUCAAGCGCUUACAAACUAAGGAUGCCAUGUUUGACUCCUACGGCACAGUUCCUGAAAUUAAAAAUAUUGUUCAUUCGAUUAACCUAUCUCGCCACCCGUCACUAAAUUUCGACUCGACUCUUGUAUUUGCAGCAUCAAUAAGAGUGCUGAGUGAAAUUGCGAAACUUUGA